AUGAAAACAAACACCCGAAAUGGCAUCUCAAUUGUGCUACCAAUGCCAUUGGAGCACUCUCUGAUACAAGUCGUGGGCAUAACCAAUUCAGGGGCUUAUCUUGAAGCUGCCUCUAAUGUGAUACCUUUUGCCUCCCCUGCUCGCUCUGUUUUCAUUCGGAACCCAGCUUCACCACUCUAUCUCACUGUGGCCACCCUGAUGGAGAAGAUUACUGGGGCCCCUCUCUGCAGGUUCACUCCGGGAAUGUUUUGGGGCCGAGAUUUCAGAUACGUGGGGCCUGCAUUGCCUGUUGAUCAAUCAAAUGAUCGGCUGAUGGGGGAGUUUUGCCAUCGCACAGUGAGUACUAUAUGGCACUACCAUGGUGGAUGCCUUGUGGGAAAGGUAGUUGAUCGCAAUUUCAGGGUUAUUGGGAUUAAUGCUCUCCGAGUUGUAGAUGGUUCGAUAUUCACUGUAUCACUUGGGACCAAUCCCCAGGCUAUUCUUUUGAUGUUUGGACGGAAAAGAAUCCUGUUCCACUCAAAAAGACAAAGUAAGGGGUUGUCUCAGGACAGGGAGCACACACGGGCUGGGCCAAGCCUUGAUUCAAUGCAUCUCUCCGGGUUCACUCGAUACAAAGGGUCUAAGACCGCACGGGAAUGCAUCAAGUCAAUUCAGGAUCAUCAACAUUUCUUAGACCUUGAUCUUAAAGAGAGAGCCUUAAAGCGGUGA